AAUUACUUUUGAGAAUUAGGAGUAAGGCAGAAUUGAUGGCGGUGUGGGAUUCACAUUAAUUCCUAUUUUUUUCUUCUUCUUCUGCGUUUUCUAGGCAUGGCUGACUCAGAUGCAUUGGGAAUUGCUGAAAUGGUGAAACGGGUAGCAGAGCGACAAAAUACUCAGGCUUGUGAAAUACAAAAGAGCAAGGAAGUGCUCACACAAAUGCAGGCUCAGCUUCGGGAUCUUGAGAUCCAGAGGAACUCCGUGGUAGCCGAAAGAAAGGCCGUUGAAAGACAAACGUACUUCUCCGAGGAAGCCCUCGCCACCACCAGAGGCCACCUCGAAGAUCUGGAGGCUGAAAUCUCAGCCUUGCACGGCGAGAACGUGAAGCUGUCCCAGGAGGUUGACGUUCUACAAGAAGAGUUGGAAAAGAAGAUGUUAGAAAACGGGGCUUACUAUGAGAAAAUGGCCGCCCACCGAAAUCGGUUUGAGGGAGCAGAAAGCAAACUGCCUUUUGUGGUGGAGCUGGUGACAAAAAGGGCCACCAUCCAGCAGCUGAUGGAGAAGAAGGAAGGGCUGGUGGCUUCUCUUCGCGAAGGAGAAGAACAGGAUACGGUUGGCCAAGUCCAGGAUGAAAUCUCUUGUCUGCAAAGUGAAAUAAAGGUUUUGAAAGAGGCUGUCGGUGAAAAGGAGAACAUCAUUCGAGAUGAAAAAAGUAGGCAGGCUACGCUUCAGAAAGAAAUUGAGCUGCAGAGGAAGAGAUCCGAAGCGGUUCUCAAACGGUUGCGUUGCCAAGUGAACAAUCUGGAACUGGAGAGAAAGCAGCGGCGUUUGAAAAUGCAGCAGCUAGAAGAAGAAGAAGAAGAAUUACGUAAGAUGUUGCAAGCCACAGAUGAGUAAACUCAACCAAGGAGAUCAGCUCCUGCUUUCAAGGCUUCAUGUUUUUGGUUUUUGUUCAUCAAACUUCUGUCUUUCCCAUCUGCGUUAGUUUUGCGGUUGUGUUGUUUUUUCCCCCUGGCUGUUCUCAUAAUCCUAGCAACGAAUGGCAUUUAUUAUUGAUGCAAAAGUAAAUUUUGCAUCAAUACAAUACAUAAUACAUAAUGUGAUACAUAAACACGGAGGAAAGGCUUAAUAACCGGUUGCUCUUUGAUUUGCUGCUGUUCCGAUGUUUAGUCUUUGCUCCCUGCGGUUAGACCUUGGAAGGGCGAGCUAAGGAGGCUGCAGUUGAUGCCACGUUAAUUUUACGAGGCACUAAACGAGGCCUCGUUCAGAACUGGGACUUCCCAAAGGGUCAGAAAGUUUAAUCAUUUAAUAAGAUAAAAUGUGUGUGGAUCACUGGCGGGUUGAAAACCCAACUUCACGCAAUGCGGUUUGAAGCAUGCUUAACCAGAGCAGCACCUUAGCGAAAAAAUAAUUAAAGACAGGGGGCAUAAUGAUAUUUUAACGAGCCCAUGAGUGUCCUUGGAUAUCUUCAGCACUUUUGGGAGGUCAGUAAAUGCUUGGAAUUAUAGAGUGGGAAGGAAAGAUGGGUUGGUCAGGAGUUGCAUAACUUUUAAUGCAGAAAAAGCCGGUUCCGAAACACUCCACCAGCCCUCCAGAACAUUCAAAACAAGAUAAAAUCAAAACGCAGAGGCCUUUUCUUUAAAAAAGAAAGCAUGAUAUUCCAGUAAAACAAAAUUCUUUGCUUUUUCUGUUACCUUUUCAAAGUCCACAUCCAUUUGACCCAUCCUUCCUAUCGCAA